AUGGAAAACAAUCAAAGUGCUUCUGAUACACAAGACAGUUCUAUGAAGUCCAUUGAUCAAAGAGCACACUCUACUAAAGAUUGUGGUGACUUAGUGAAUCGACGUCUGAAGAAUCGAGAGAGACAGCGUAGAUACAGGGCACGUAAGCGUCUAGAAUCUGGAACCACUGAUUCUUUCGAUGUAGAACAGACACCUGCAAUGCAAGUAGAGCUACAACCAAACAGGAACCACAACAAUUUUGUGACACGCGUAUAUUGUAAUCGAGACUGGAAAAAGGAUGCACGGCAGGCUCAUCUUACAAAGCGUCGAGAGAUGAGCGGGUCUAUAGAUCAUUCCAUGACACCAGCUAAUGUACCCGAGGAGUCUAGCUUAGGUGCCGGGAACAUGUCAGAAACAAUGCUAGAUAGGAAAAUUCAAUCCAGAUCUUCUAACAUUGUUUAUAAUCAGACACCUAGAACCGUGCUUUGUCGUAGAGAUUGGAAAGCAGAAGCUAGAAGAAAGAAAAACUAG